CAACUUUUUGAUAUUGAAGUUUCAGCUGAACUACCGUUUGUUACAAGGUGUGGAAAAAAGAAAAAAACAAAAAAACAAACUUAUCGUGCGUCCAACACCAUUUUCAUACCUGGUAUUCUGUGGCUCUACGUUGGGAUCUUACGUCUCUAUGCUUCGACGGUGGUCUCUCGAAGAACUUGCUUCACAAGCCACUUUCCAGAGCCCCGCCAUCAUUACCGUUCAUAAUGGUCGGAAGGGUAUUCUUUGCCGACAGCCAUGAUGAAUACAAUACACACCCGAUCUUCGACCUAAUACGAAACGCAAAUAAGCAGUGGGAAGAGUACGAGCAUGAUCGGUCGACAACCUUUCGCGAGACUGUCUCAAAGUACCGGAAACGAUAUGGACGGCACCCACCUCCAGGAUUUGCCGAUUGGUACAAAUUCGCGCGGGACCGGAAGGUCCAUCACAUCGAUGAUUUCCAGCAGAUUAUAGACGACUUGCGACCGUUUUGGGGUAUCGAGCCUUGGCUUAUACGACAGAUGGCUGCGAGCCUAUCUGACCAUGGCAACGGCAUGGGAGGCAUACAUAUCCGCAAUAAAACAGUCGCGAAGAUAUCGCAACCCAGCUGGCGUGUAGAGGCUUUGGCCGCUGUGGUUUCUAGAAUCGUUGAAUACUUGCCAGACAUGGACAUUGCAGUGAACAUCCACGAUCAGCCCCGACUAGUGGUCCCUUUCGAAGAUAUUCAACAGUAUCUACAUGUCGAGCAGAACUCGAGACACACGAAUGCUACCUCAACCGACCAUUUCACGGCAGACAUGGACCACCUGCAGAACUUGACGCAUGCGCAAGAGGUUUGGGAUGAGGAGAAGGAGGCACAGUGGUUCUGGCCUGAAAAGCAUCGGCUAAUGGGGGUAGCCAAAGCAGCUUGUCCUCCUGAAUCGCCUGCACGUGACUCAAACAUGACCGACGAAGAUGCGGAUCGGUUGUACAAAACGCCAGUCGGGGGAUUUGUGAGCAACUUCAAUCUUUCCACGGAUCUCUGUACCGUAGGACCAGCGCUGGAGAAUCUCCAUGGUCUUCUCUUUGCACCAGCCUCGAUUAUAUUAUCACAGAAGCUUUUACCGGUGUUCGGCGAGUGUAAGGUCAGCGUCAACAAUGAGAUUCUGUUCCCUGCGAACAUGUACACCAUGAAGGACCCACGAUACGAAUAUAACCCGAGUUCCGACGUCGAAUGGGAGCGCAAAGCAGACACUCUACUCUGGCGAGGCGCCACGUCUGGCGGUAUUUCACGAGAGGAGGAUUGGCGAGAUCUGCACCGUCAACGACUGGUCCUUCUCGCCAACGGAACCUUGGACCACAAUGGACAAGUCUCAGUACUGGCUGAGAACGCGCAACAUGUAUACGAGCCGACUAGAGACUUUAAUUCGUCCAAUUUUGCGCAAAAUCACUUCGAUGUUGGUUUCACCGAGAUUUGGGCCUGUGAGCCUGAUUGCUCAAUGUAUGACAGAGUGAUUGGGGUGAAAGCUCCAAUCCCGCUGAGUGAGCAGUUCAAGGCGAAAUAUCUAAUCGACGUGGAUGGCCACAGCUUCUCCGGUCGGUGGCGUGCGUUUCACUUUAGCAGAUCAUUGGGCCUCAAAGCGACUAUAUUCCGAGAAUGGCACGACUCACGGCUCUUUCCUUGGCGACACUUCGUCCCUCUGGACAACCGAUACGAUGAUCUCUAUUCCCUCAUGACCUACUUCAUCGGCACCGGCCAUCGUUCCGAAGAGAGCUCACAGCCAGAGCCACACGUCCCCGGUCAUGACUUCGAAGCCAAAAAGAUCGCAUCGCAGAGCCGUGACUGGGCUAACCAGGUACUGCGUGAUGAAGAUAUUGACAUCUACAUGCUCCGCCUGCUGCUGGAAUAUGGACGCAUCAUAGAUGACAAUCGGGACUCUAUUGGGUACAGUGGAAAUGGCAGUGAAUUGGAUAAGUACGACAGAGAAUCCUUUCAUACAUUUUCCCGGGGCGGCGGUUGGAGUUAUUAGUGCAAGUCUAACCAAUUGUUGGGAUCGGAGAUUCCCAUGGCCUAAUUCUUCUCACAGCCUGUUCUGUCCAAUUCAUGCCACCCCCCGCCUAUCCGGUCCCAAGAUUAUCUCCGCUAAUCAGCAAAUAUCC